CCCUGAGUCCUCCGUCGUUACACGAGUCGAGAGCCCGCAGGAGGGAAGUGGGAGUCCUGGACCAUCCCGCAGAGUUUCGGAGUCACAGGAAGGAAGCAACCUGGAAAGGAGCCGGGGAGAUUUUGGAAAAGCUCUUCAGGAUUUAGAAAGCGCAGGACAGAUGCUUGAUGCCAUUGUUAGGAGCUGCUUCCCUAGGGUGUGCUGGAAGGUCUGGCUCACUCAGCUCGGCGUUUAUAUAAAUGAUUGUUAGUGCUCCUCCUCUGAGCACACGGACCCUGAGAUCGAAGCCCUCGGUUCAGCUGAACCACUAUUAACCGGAAAAGGCAGAAACUCUCCAGAUGUCUUCCAGUAAUGACGAAGUUUUUAUCCCAAUGUCACGAAGAAAUACCAAUGACCUCCCCACGACAACCUCCAAUGACCUGAAGACAUUUACCGAAGUAGCUGUGUUAAGUUUUCAUAACAUCAACUAUCGAGUAAAAGUGACGAGUGGCUUUCUUCUUGGUCGAAAAACAGUUGAGAAAGAAAUAUUAACAAAUAUCAAUGGCAUCAUGAGACCUGGCCUCAAUGCCAUUCUGGGACCCACAGGUGGAGGCAAAUCUUCGUUGUUAGAUGUCUUAGCUGCAAGGAAAGAUCCACGUGGAUUAUCUGGGGAUGUUUUGAUAAAUGGAGCACCUCGACCUGCCAAUUUCAAAUGUAAUUCAGGUUAUGUGGUACAAGAUGAUGUCGUGAUGGGCACUCUGACGGUGAGAGAAAAUUUACAGUUCUCAGCAGCUCUACGGCUUCCAACAACUAUGACGACUAAUGAAAAAAAUAUACGGAUUAACAGGGUCAUUCAGGAGUUAGGUCUGGAUAAAGUGGCGGAUUCCAAGGUUGGAACUCAGUUUAUCCGUGGUGUGUCUGGAGGAGAAAGAAAAAGGACUAGUAUAGGAAUGGAGCUUAUUACUGAUCCAGCCAUCCUGUUCCUAGAUGAGCCCACAACUGGCUUAGACUCAAGCACAGCAAAUGCUGUCCUUUUGCUCCUGAAGAGGAUGUCUGAACAGGGACGAACAAUCAUUUUCUCCAUUCAUCAGCCUCGUUACUCUAUCUUCAAGUUGUUUGAUAGCCUCACCUUGUUGGCCUCAGGAAGACUAAUGUUCCAUGGGCCUGCCCAGGAGGCCUUGGGUUACUUUGCAUUAAUGGGUUACCAGUGUGAGCCCUAUAAUAACCCUGCAGACUUCUUCCUGGAUGUCAUUAAUGGAGACUCCUCUGCUGUGGUAUUAAACAGACAGGACCAGGCGGGUGAAGCCAAGGAGACUGAAGGACCUUCCAAAAGAGAUAUUCCACUCAUUGAAAAAAUAGCUGAGUUUUAUGCCAACUCUGCCUUCUCCAGAAAAACAAAAGAUGAGUUAAAUCAACUCUCAGAGGGUCAGAAAAAGAAGAGCUCAGCCUUUGGGGAGAUCACCUAUGCCACCUCCUUCUGUCAUCAACUCAGAUGGAUUUCCAAGCGUUCAUUCAAAAACUUACUGGGUAACCCUCAGGCCUCUAUAGCUCAGAUAAUUGUAACAAUCAUCCUGGGAUUGGUUAUAGGUGCCAUUUUCUAUGAUUUAAAAAAUGAUUCUACGGGAAUCCAGAAUAGAUCAGGGGUGCUCUUCUUCCUCACGACCAACCAGUGUUUCAGCAGUAUCUCAGCUGUGGAGCUUUUUGUGGUUGAGAAGAAGCUCUUUAUACAUGAAUAUAUCAGUGGAUACUACAGAGUGUCAUCUUAUUUCUUUGGAAAACUGGUAUCUGAUUUACUACCCAUGAGGAUAUUACCAAGUAUUAUAUUUACUUGUAUAAUAUACUUCUUGUUAGGAUUGAAACCAGUUGUGGAGGCUUUCUUCAUCAUGAUGUUUACCCUUAUGAUGGUGGCUUAUUCAGCCAGUUCUAUGGCACUGGCCAUAGCAGCAGGCCAGAGUGUGGUGUCCAUAGCAACACUUCUCAUGACCAUCUCCUUUGUGUUUAUGAUGAUAUUUUCAGGGCUGUUGGUAAAUCUCACAACCAUCCAGCCUUGGCUAUCAUGGCUUCAGUACUUCAGCAUUCCUCGAUAUGGCUUUGCGGCUUUGCAGCAUAAUGAAUUUUUGGGACAAAACUUCUGCCCAGGACUCAAUGUAACAACAAAUAAUACCUGUAGUUAUGCGACAUGUACUGGCGAAGAAUUUUUGGUAAACCAGGGCAUCGAUAUCUCCCCUUGGGGCCUGUGGAAGAAUCACGUAGCCUUGGCAUGCAUGAUUGUUAUUUUCCUUAUAAUUGCCUACCUAAAAUUGUUAUUUCUUAAAAAAUUUUCUUAAAUUCUUCUUGAAUCUACAUGAUUUAUGUGCACAUUAAAUAGGGAGUGUCUUGAUUUAUUUUAAGCAUUCAA